AUGCCACCACGUACGCCAGUGCAGCGCCUGCUGCUACUGCCUUCGCCCUCCACACCUCUCACUACCCUCCUUACCUCCCAUCUCUCACAAUCAUGCUCGCGGUCGCAACCCACCACCCGCCUCUUCAGCACCACACCCAGCACCCACGCCGGCGUACGCAAACCCCGAUCCUUCCAACCGCACCAAACAGGCAUGAAACAGCCCUCUCAAAAGUCCUUCGAAGUCAUGAAGAAAGAGCAAAUGAAAAACAUUGAACAAAUGCCCAAUGAUGUUGGUUUGAUCCCAGGCACUUUUAUCAUGCCCACCGGAUCGCGCUUGCCGAGUUUGACCCAUAACUUUGGGCUGAGGUUUCAGUUGGAAAAGUACAGGCUUUGGUUGAGGGUCAAGGAGGUUUUCGGUCGCCACUACAUGGGCUACUUCCACGUCAAACCCCGCGCAGACUUCCAAACCGCCCUCAUCCCCUCCGUCUCGAAAUCCCUCUAUUCAGACAUGUACUCGGCAUUCGCGGCCGGCAACCUCGCACCCAUCGCCCCAAAACUCUGCGAAAGCAUCAAUAUGACACUCGAACAGCGCAUUGCAGCCCGCGGCCCCAAUGUAGGCGUACUCUGGACUCUGCACUCUUGGCUCGCCGAGCCCAGAAUCGUGAGCCACAAGUACAUGCCGAUGAGUUUGGAGGAUAGCAAGGACAAGACCAAGCAGACUACUAUUCAACAGGUGUGUGUGAGGAUGCAGAGUUUGCAGAGUUUGAAAAAGGUGAAGAGGGUCAAGCAGGGGAGGGAGACGGUGGAGGUGUUGGAGGAGGGGAGUUCGGCUGAGCCGAAGAAGGUUGUUGAGUAUCUUGUCGUGCAGAGGUUGUGUAAGAGAGGCAAGAUGGGUCCUUGGAUGGUUUGGGGUACUACUACUGAGUCGGAUCCUCAGGAGGCUCUGUCAUCGUAA